GGGUCACCGCGAGCACAUGAGACAAAUGAAUCAAAUGUUUCGAGAUCCGUUUGGCAACAUGGGAGGUGGGGGUCUCCUGGCACUGCCUGGUGCCACGCGGAUGGACCGACAGAGGCAGCAGCAACAGGCCCAGAACAUGCAGGUGUCGGAGCGCAGCCUCUUCAUGGACCCCUUCUCUCACUUCGACAGCAUGUUCUCCAACAUGAGGAGCAUGAUGUCCGAGAUGCACCGCGCCUUUGUGAGAGAGACGCGGAGGACGGUGCGAGAUUCGGAGACAGGUUUGGAGAAGAUGGCGGUGGGCCACCACAUAAACGACCGUGGCCACGUGGUGGAGAGGAGUCGCAACGCCAGAACUGGGGAGGCACACGAGAACCAGGAGUUGAUCAAUCUGGAUGAAGAGGAAGCGGCCCCGUUUGACCAGGAGUACCAGGAAAAGUGGCGCAGCACGAUGCGCGGCGUGGAGCACAGACGGCGCACGGAGAGGUCGCGCCACGCCCCGGUGGGAGACGUACACCGCUCGCGCCACGCUGCGCUGCCAGAGUCGGAGUCGACCCGCCGCACCAGGAAGGCCAGCCACAGGAAGGAGUAGCUCCCUCCCGGCCGCUCGGACGGA